UGGGGAGACAGAACAGCUCACCAGAAGUGUCUCUCUACCUCAGUUACUGUGGGAUAAACCAAUUAGCUCACAAAAUCUAAAGUUUUGUAAACAGAACGACUUGAGGCUUGAAGAGAGAAAACUGGAAAUAGAGUUUUGAGACAGGUGGAUUUUUCUUGGUUGUUUCUAUAUGCUUGGAUUAAAGUGACGGACAAGAGUCAGUAUGAACCAGACCAAAGUUGAAUCGGAACCACCAGCGUAUAACUAUUAUGAUUAUUCAGACUGGUACUCAAACAAUCUAGAGCCCACCAAGCCACCAAAGGAGGUGAUUCUACCCUGUGACCCCACAGCGGAUGAUAAGCUCUUCCACAUAUGCAUGGCCUCAAUAUCACUUGUUAUGAUCCUCAUCUUGGCAGUGCUCACCAGGCGUAAGAGACUAUGUCAGGGUUUCUCAAAAGGAUCCUCCAGUGUCCUAAGUCCAUGCAACUUUCUGAACCAGACCCAGAACAAAGGCCUGGCCAUGGCUGUCUUCGGACUAAUCUUCAGCAAACUGUCUGUGUUGGUACUGGCCGCAGAUCCUCUUCCUUUCUGUAAAGACACCCCGGCGAGCAUCAAAGAAUACAUGAAGAUUAUCUCAAUUUUUUACUAUCCCCUACUGUAUUACCCACUCCUAGCCUGUGGCACACUACAAAGCAAACCAGGCUAUGCACUAGGUAGCCUGCUGUCCUUGUCCCACAUUGGAGUCAUGAUCUGGCAGAAGUUUGACUGUCCCAAAACUCCUGAGCUCUACAAGUAUUAUACCCUGCUUGCAAGUCUCCCUCAGCUAGCUUGCCUCGCUUUUCUCUGCAUCCAGUAUCCUCUGCUCUUUGUGAAAGGGGAUGACACUGGGGAGGACCUUGACAACAGUUACUACAAAGACUAUGUGAAGUCAAUUCUAAAGAAGAAAAAGUCUUCCAACAGUAACACUUCAAUAGCAGACAAACCUAAACUGACAGAAAGGAUAUCUGAUGGAAUAAAGUCUUACAUCUACACAGCAGAGAAAGAGUUCCAGUUUCCACUUAAGUUGGCAAUCUCAACUUUUGUGUCUUUUGUGGCAAUAUAUCAGGUGGCAUUGCUACUGGUCAUUUUGGUAAUCCCUACUCUUCACAUUGUCCGUGCUGGUAUUGAUGAGAACAUUGCCUUCCUUCUGCUUGGCUUUAAUAUCGUCCUAUCAGACGACAGGCUGGAGGUGGUCCAAAUUGUGAUCUACUAUACGUGGUGUCUGGAAGUGUGUUACCUCUGUGCCCUGACGCUGUCCUGUUUGGUCAGCCUUAUCAUGCUAAUGAGAUCCAUGAUCAUUCAUAGGUCAAACCUAAAAGGAUUGUACAAGGGAGACAUUUACAAUGUCUACAACUGCCAGAAGGCUAUCCGGCCUUCCAAACCUGGUAUUGUGUGCUGGAUGGGCUUCACAGGAUAUCAAGCUGCAGUUAUCUCUUUAGGAAUGGUCAUUCAGACUGUGGUGUUCUUCAUCUGUUUCCUGUUUCUGGUGUUCCUGAUCAUCAUACCCAUUUUAUAUGGCCAGAACCUCAUCCUCUUCCAAAUUGCUGCAAAAGCAUGGCCUAUCUGGGUGACUUUAAUAUUGGUGGUUGCUCUUCAGCAUGUGACAGCUAAGUUUGCAUUUGUCAAAAAGGAUGCUGGCACAAGAGACUUAAAUAACAGAGGAAGUCUCUUCCUGCUGACCUACCUGUUCUUCCUGGUCAACAUCAUGGUGGGACUUAUAGCUGCCAUAUGGAGAAUGGUGAUCACUGCCCUCUUCAACGUCAUCCACCUCUGCCGUAUGGACAUCAGUCUGAUCAACCGAGCUGCAGAGUCCUAUGAUCCAGCUUAUCGCUACUACGCCCAUUACCUGAAGGUGGAGGUGAGCCAGUGCCACCCUGUCAUGAAGGCCUUCUGUGCUUUAUUACUGCAGUCAGCACAGCAAGGGGGAAGUGCAGGGCAGAAAAUUUGUGAUGCAGAGGAAGGGAUCCAGAUGGUCCAACAGGAGAAGAGACAGAACAAGGUGACCAACAGCAGGCAGAACCGGGCCCGCUGGCAGCUCCUCUACACUCUGGUCAACAACCCAUCCCUUCUAGGGUCCAGGAAGCACUUCCAGCUCCAGAGCUCGGACAGCCUCGUCAACGGGGCCCUCAACCGCAACACCAAGGAGGGCAGCAAAAAGGACCCUGCAAAGUCUGUCGAGACAGCUGCCACUGCUGCUGCUAACUAACUCUAACGGGGAGACAACUGUGAAUGGUUGUGGCUGAGUUACUUUAGCGUAAAGCUAGAUGGAUACACUGCUGCUUUGUCCUGUAUGAUCACUAUUGACCUUUGCUUUGAAUGUGGAAGUAGAAUUUGGAUAGUUAAUUUGAAUACAGAAAUUUGGGUUGAAUGGAUUGACUUGGCUCCCUUGCUAAAUAUACAGCAAGACCGUUUUCACUGAU